CCCUGAUUUGAUGUUUUCACAUGAGGAAGAAGGAUGAGAGUUAAUUUCUUAGAUUCCACAGCUACUGAAGUAGCAGAACUAAGUUUUGAAAACCUUAUUUCCAUACCUACGUUCUCUUCCUACACUACCUCUCUCCCCCUACCCCACGUUGCCCAUUAAUCUAGGACCAACCAGGAUUUGAACCUUAAUAGGUUCUAAUAAACCUAAUAAAGUUUGGAACAAAUGGAUCGUCUCUAUAAGACUGAAUCUAGUUAUUCCAAUUAAAAAAGUCAAGUGGUUUAUCUUCAGUGUUGGGAUGCCGUGAGUAAACCAAAGAAUUAAUCCCUGAGCAGCUUUACUAUGGAUAAACCAAAAAGUCACCACGAGCAAAGGUUGUAAGGAGGUUGACGGAGCAAUAGGCGAUGCUUCAGGGAUCGCCGGAGAACGCGGUCGCGCAGACGUCGUGGCGGAAGUAGGAUCCCCGCCCGCCCGGCGCCUGUGGGCGGUUGCCUCCGCAACGCUGUGACGCGGUCAAGGGGAGGCCAUGUUUUCGGUGGCCGAGUUGUAUUCGAGGAGGAAGAAGUUGGACCGUCUCUCAGUUCCCCGGCCGGAUCAUUCGGGGUUACAGUUAGGGAUGUGGUACUGGAAAGAUGAUACCAGAACUCUUGAAUUCAGAAGUUUUACACCUUCAAUAGAACUCAAGGAAAAAGGAAAGAAAGGCAAAGCAGUUCACUUUGCUGAAACUGAUGGUCCAGCUUCAGACAGGUUGGCAGAUAAAAGAUGUGCUGUGAGAGAUGAUAAGUCAACUAAAGCCUUAGAGAAACGAGGUCAGCAGGGCUACGUUACACUAGAUGAUGUUAAAUAUGUUGCUUUGCUUUUGCUACAAGAGACUGAGAUGCAGCGAAUCUGUUCUUUUACAACAUUUAUGAAGAAUAAGAAUCUUGACAAUUUCCUCAUGGCAUUAUUAUACUAUUUAUCUCAUUUUUUGGAAAAAAUCUCACUGGAAAAGAAACCCAAAAGCUACAUGGUGGCUCUUGUAGAAAAAAAAGAGAUGAAAUUGGUUUUAAGUAAGUUGGAUAUAGCACAGAAAUACUUGGCACAAAAGUAUUGUGUCCUGGUACUGGGCCUGGGAAUGCCCGACAAGCAUCACAUGUGCUGUGGAAGGGAGAAAAUAUCAGAUACACAAAAAGACUGGAAAUUCUUUGAGUCCUUUUAUACUUUCUGUGCAUACAUAGCCUGGAUUGUCUUCAGACGUCAACACUUGACUGAUAUUGAAGAAGAAAUAGGGAGACUCUUUCGUACCGAUAUGUUCAACAUUCCUCGAAGGAAGCGUGAGGAUGAAGAAUCAGGAGGAGAAAAGAAACGCAUGACUUUUGUGCAAUUCAGGAGAAUGAUGGCGAAGCGCCCAGCAAUUAAAAAAGCCAUUAACAUGCGCUCUCCUGUCUUGUCUACUCUGCUGCCUUCUCCCAGAGAAAAAGCUCAGAAUAUCUUUGAGAAAAAGUGUCACCAUGGAGGCAUCAAACUUCCAGCCAAGAUCCAAAAGCACUUAGAGAGCCUGGACUCUGUUGCCAUGCCAGUAGUUGGCAUCUUAGGGGAGCCUCGAUGUCUGUUUAACCCCCAUACGCUUCAACCUCUUGAACCAGAAGAAACUGCAAAACCGUCUCGGAGACAUUCUUCCGUGGUAGAAAGAAAUAAUACCAGAGUUCAGAGCACGCUGGACUUAGCCUUAAGAGCACUAUCCUCUCAAGUGACACUCUAA